AUGGCUAUCAAUCAUAAAAAUUCUCGUCUUCUUCCAGAACCACAACCACUCGAUAUCUUCCAGAACUCUUCUGAAUCUAAAAAACCACAACAUCAUUUGAACAUGUUAGCAUUACACCAAUUUCAACCCGUAAAACCGUAUGAAAUUGGAGCUAUUCAUUGUUUGACAUUGAUCAGUCAUAUUUCAUCUCUGAUUCACCAUAGUGAUAAAACAACAACAUUCUCCAUUCACACAACCAGAGCGACAGAUGAUAAAACGGUGACUACAAUUGAAAUUGAAUUUAUACAAAUAGAAGAACCUAAAUCGAUUGUUCUUGUAUUUGAAAUAUUACAUUUACCUCAUCCAAAUACACCCUUAUUUAUGGAAAUACAAAAAUUAUUGUCUACUAUUUUUCAUCAAUCAAAAAUAUUGUUUACUUGGUCCAAUAGAAAUAGAAAGGAUCUUGAUGAAUUUAUUAAUUUCCAAUUGCUACCUGUCAAAAUAUUCGACGUUGUAAAUAUCAUUGAAUUACAAUUACCCUUCAAACAAUGGUAUAAUCAAACAUUUAAACAUGAUAAAAAUUGUUCUGUCCCAUCAUUUUGUAAUAUGGAUGCUGUCUGUUGUAUCUGUCCAUACCGCCCAUAUAAAUGUAUCAAUGAUCAAUGGUCUUUAGAAAAAGCUGUGAAUUAUGUGUUUAAUGAAUAUAUUCGGGAAUCCAAUCAAAAUGAUACAAAUUAUCCAGAUGACAUCAAUCAAUCUAUAUUUGACUAUCAAUCGAACAAAUUUUUGGUUGCAAAACCAAUGACUAAUCGAGAUCGAAACAUUGAAAGAGAUAUAGAUCGAUUCGAUGAUAUUUUUCAUCACUAUGGCGAUGAUAUCGAUGAAGAUAAAGAUACAACUGUUGAUUUUGAUCAUCUUUAUACAAUUUUUGGCAAAGAUAAUGAUAUGGAUGAGACAGAUGUAGUAGAAACGGAACUCUUCAAUGAUAACAAGAACAUUUCAGUUGAUCUAACCGUUGAAGAAGAAGAGGAACAUUUAUCUCAAAAAUUAAGUCAAUUAUCAGCGGUUGAUAAAGAGCAAGACUUGAAUAAUAAAUUCAAAUCAUCAACUGUCAAGAAACGACCAACUUUAACACCAAGUACAACAAUCGAGAAUAUACCGAAAAAAAUGAAAUCCGAUAAAGAAGAACAAAUCAGUCAUUUGAUUCCAAGAUAUUUAUCAAGUAAUACGAAAACUUUUGAACAAAUGAUCAAUCCUAUACUUCAAAAAACACGAAUUUCUAUUAGUAUUGAAUAUUUACGUGAGAUUGCUCUUCUUAUUCAUCAAAUUGAAUGUAUCAAUCUCGAUCAAUUACUAUGGACGACCUAUUUACGUUCUGGUACCGGUACAUUAAAGCCACAAACAAACACUACACUCUAUUUAUGGCCUGUCGAAGUCAAACAGAGAAUGAUGGAUCGUGGUCAAACAACUGCAUCGAAUCCAAAUGAAAUAGGUCACGCUUCUUGUUUAGAUUAUGUCCAGAGAGUUCUACAAAAAUUUCAAAAUCAAACAGACCAUUAUCAAGCUCAAUUGAAAGAAAGAAAACAACGUUUACUCAACUGUUGGACAUGUGAAAUAGAAGAAGCGAUUACAAAAUUUGUUCGACAACACGUUGAAGCUCUCUAUAAAAUAACAACCGAAGGACUCAUUGCUGCUGUCGAGUAUGAUUAUCAUGAUCGAUUAAUUCAAUUAGAAUAUGAGCAAGAAAAUCCAAAUGAAUAUCAAAAACAAAUAUUCGCCGAUCUUACUCAAGCUAAAUAUGACAAAGAAACAGCUAAAUUGGAUUUGGCGAUAAUGAAACAACGUAUUGUUUAUAAUCAUCUACCAAAAUCAUUCGAAUCUCUUCGAAUACCUGCACCCAUAUCCUUAGAAACAGUAACAGAUAGAACUAUUCGUCAAAAUUUAUUAGAUCGAUGUGAAAAAAUUUUACAACGUGCAAAAUCGGAUAUGAUGAUGGUUUAUACAACAACUGCCGAAGCGAAACUGGAUCAACUCGACAAGAAAUUCGAUAGUGAAAUGACUAGAAUGAAACAAAAUCAACGUUCUCGUGUAUCACAUCAAAUAUUAACUGAAACAAUGCUCGAGAUUUUAGAAAGACGUUUCAAAUAUAUCAAUGAACAUCUUAUGCGUCUUUACAAAUUAAAGUUACGUUUUUUCGUCAGAGCUCCGACGGUCAAGAAUUAG